GUCGCGUCAGGCGUGUUUCACGAGCGUGCCGAGUACACCGGGCAACUGGCUUUGAAUUCGAUCGAGGGAACCUGUUAAUGACGCGAGUGCGUGGCGGCUCGUGACACAGUGACACGGUGCUCGUGAGAUUGGUACGCGAGAGUGCGCCUCGCGGAAAGAGCGGGAAAGUCCCGACGGGAUUUUCAAAUGGCCUGGUCCUCCCCCCUCCCCGCUCUCAGCCGUGAACCGAGAGGCAACGACGUAGCGUAGACGCCAACGGCUGGAAGAUUCCGGAUAAACAAUUACGAGAUAAGGAAGGGAGCAACGCUAAACGAGCGCGGUGUAAGGUCGCGUUGAAGAUCGAUAACAUAGCGCCUCGGCGAAUAUCAAGCGGCUCGUAUGUUCGCCGCGCGCGAACCUAACCUAGCGGACUGGCUGCGCCUCGAGCUAAGGUGCACUGGAGAACGCGGAUCGAUGUCGUGCCCGAGCGUUCCGGCGUUCCUUUCUCCAGAAGGACACGACAGCGAUGCCUCUUCCGUAAUCCGUGGAACGUGGAGCCGCGGCGAGUCCCGUGAAGCCUCGCAGUCCGCAUCCAGGAAGUAGCGUGCCUCCGUCGCGCGCCAUCUUUGAUCCUCCAGCGAUGACAGGUGGUGGACGGUGAUUGUCCAUCCUCAGGGGCCGCGGGUGAUUCGAUCGGACCGCUCGAUCGAACCCUCUCCGUCGGGCGUCCCUGAUCCAGGGGACUCCCGCGCUUCCAGUGAACCGUUCCCGGUCGCAACCCGGAAGGAUCCACUCGGUGGACGGAAAAUCAUCGCGGGCGUCGAAUGGAGCCACGGAGGAGAGAGAAUACAAGGCGCUUUUAUUUUUAGCCGACGCCGGUUCGCGCAUCGCAAAAACCGGUUCCCGAGUCCCGGGCCGUAGCCACGAGGUAGCGAGCCGCGUAUACGCGAGAGAGCAGGCGAGAGAAGGGUUUUAGGUGAACCCAGAGGGAGCGAGAGGGAGCGAUACGCACGGCGUGUGUAUAGGACGUGGACGAUCGGCUGCCUUCCUCGCACGGCCGACGUCGAACGAACGAUAAAAGGAGAGAGCGGACGCGGAACGUGGAAUUCGCCUAAGCCGAUACACCUCUCUCUCUCACUCUGCCCGUCAGCCUGCCCCCCUGCCCUUUCUGGAAGCUACUUUCUCUCCCACCGAGUGUCGAACUAUCGAUUGCGUGCAUACACGCGGGUCUAUCCUGCAUACUCGACGUACGGCAAACGUGACAUCCAACGGGGAGAGUGCGAGAUUCGUGGAUCGUCGUUGUGGAUGGUUCGGUGGUACGUUUACGUCGGCCGGUGUAAUUAGUCGGCCUUGAUACGCGCGCGUAUGAAUACCGGUGUGUGCUGCGCGACCGUUUCGCGGCUCGAUCGUCGAGCAGAAGAAUAAGUGCGCGGUAGGUGUGUUUGUAUAUGUAGAAUAUGUAUAUUUGUGUGUGCGUGCGUGUGCACAACACGGUACCCUGAACAAAGGGAACACAGCUGGAGGGAGAGAGAUAGAGAAGCGAAAGAGAGAGAGACUGAGAGAGGGGAAGAGGGAACGGACUGUACAACGCGGACGGAAUCGAUUCGAAGAGAGGUUAGGGUAUCCACGAAUUGUUGCGCGGCAGAACGAGAUCGACGAGACACGGGAACGGAAUGAAGAAUGGCAACCGAUUCGAGCAACCGUCAAGACGUAAGGGCGGUCGCCACGACGACUACCGAUCCGCAGCGAAGCGAAAAGCGCGCCGUCGCGGCGCGAGGCGCCGCCGGUGCUCUGGCCCUCAGUAUUCUGGCCGUGGUCCUCCAAUCGGCGGCCACGGCGACCCCCACUUGGGGCUACUUCACCAAUCCUGACGCUGGUUCAGCAGCCGAAAAAGGAUACUUUGGUCCAUGGAGGCAGUGUAAACUCCUUUUGUACGGUCGCGAGAGAUGCGGUCAAGGUGUAUCGAGGUUUCAACCAGUGUUGGCCGUGUGGGUGGCAGGACUAGCCGCUGCAACCGCUUCUGCUCUUUUGGCGAUCCUGGUGGGUCUCGCCGUGUUGCAGCUCGCGAUGGCUUCCUCGGCGAAACGAGUGCUCGUCUCGUACAGCACAGCUUUGAUAGGCAAAGUGGCCCUUGCUACAUUGGCGACGUCAUUAGCCAUUGUAGCAGCGAGCCUGUUCGCCCUGCAGACUGACGACAGAGCCGGCAGUUUCAUCGUCACGAGGGGAGAAGCAUUUUACAUGCAGUUGGCGGCGAUCGCCUUGAACUUCGGCGUACUGGUCACCGCAGUGUACGAGGGCAUUUAUGCUCGACGGGGUGGCGACCCGACGAAAAUUAGGGUUGUGGGUGAUCCCCGUGCGACCACCAUAAACAAUCCAGGCUACCGGGAGCAUCAACCCACGAAUGGUGGCAGCAUUUCGAUGACGGACGCCAGCGGCAAGCCCUACGUCGGCGGCGCGGGGAACGGUUCAAUGGCGUCGGUGGCGACUUCCGGUAGCGUGACCAGCACCGCCUCGCCGCUGCGCAGCUCCCUGAAGAAGCCGAAGCCGCUUGGCAUCCACAAUCCCGGUUUCUCGGCGCACAGUCCGACGCUGUCCAGGAAUGGAUCGCAAAAGAAAGUUCGGAUUCAAACGCAUUCCACGGAAGUGUAAAAUGAUCCCGCGUCUGUCGAGUCGAUCCUGAAACGAACGAGGCGCGACAGACGCUCCAUCGAGAAUGAUUUUCCAGAUGAACGUUCCGUGCCGCGAAAUAGGGAUGAAACAAUAUUCUUCGCUCGCGGACGAACGAUCGAUUGAUCGAUCGAAUUGUUGUUGCGCAACAGAAACACCCGAGCUAACGAUGCUUAUCGUCAGAUUUUCUGGAAUUCCCACGGUGUCUCAUAAAUGAGAACACGAUGCGCAGUGAUGCGCUGUCGCCGCUGGUUAUCGUUUGUUCUUCGAAAGAAGGGACUUGGGAUUCGUUGACACUGGUCUUGGAUUGUACAAUAUUUCCUGGAGCAUCUACACUGUUAGAUUGUAACCUUCAAUGGUUUUUUUUUUAAUCGUCAUUUAUUGCGGGAACCAUAUUGUAUAUUGCGUGUUUUGUAUUGUGUAUACUUAAGGAAGAUUUAAUUUAUUUUUCGUGUUAGUAUCGGGGGGAGAAAUUGUCAGUGAACUAGUUACUAAUUAGUCUCGAGAAACUUUAUUUUUCAUUAUUUAAUAUACUGUAUUGUAUUUAGAUUCUUCAAGCUUUAUUCGUAGAGAAUUGUUUCGCAGAAAUAAUAAUAUUAAGUGUUUGCCUUCUAAUGAAAAUCAAUAGUAAUUAUACUUCUAGAGGGACCUUUACGAUUCGAAUUUACCGUGAAAUAGAAAAUUGGUCAUUUUCUAACGAGAUUUUUCUGUUGUUUAGACUUUGUUAGAAUCACCAAGAAAAUUGUUAUUUGAUUCGAGUUUCUUUAAAUCCAUAACCUAGUCGUCGUUAAUCUUUGCUGUCAUUCUCAACUAUGAUCGAUGCAACUACUUUGUCAUUAAUAAUUUACUAAGAAAAAAGGGAAAGUUCUGAGCAAAUUCUAUGUUUAUAUUUACUCCAAAGUAUAAUAAUUCAUAACAAGAGAACAAUAUCUAAUUUGAAUUCAAAAGAAUCGUCAUAUUUAUGUUUAUAUUAUAUUCUGUAUAAACUUUUCACAAGUCUGACGCGAUAUUAUAAGGCAAGGAGCUGUUCAGGACUAUCACUGUUCCUCAUUGGAAACAGAAACAAAACGAAAGACAAAAGUUGGAAAACCAAUUAAUGAAAUUAAUACAAAGUUAAAUGAACGAAAAACGCAGAAUUUUAAAUCAAAUUUGAGAACCGGUCAUUUGACCGAUCGCGGUGCGUUUAGUGUUAACAUUUAACCGGUGGUUAAGCGUGGGAAUUUUUGUUGACAUUUUACAAUAUUUUGAGUUAGCAGAAAGAGAACGCGAACUAUGAAUUCUACUAUCAUAUGAUUCUUCCCAAGAGCAUAUAAAUUUAUAAAGAAGUUCAUAAUUGUCAAAUCAACAAUAUAUAAGUGGCUUCAAUUCGCAGCAGAGUACGAGUAUUUUCACCCGCCCGGCCGGUUAAGUGUUAAAAACCGAUCACGAUGGAGCAAACUCCGUCCAGGUCUCUUCUUUCGAAAAACAGGAUACAGGAAGUGUUCUAAACAGUCGAGCGACGAUUCUCGGCUACGAACUUCGUGAUGGUUACAGGAAGUUUCCUAAUUAACCCUCUGCCAGUGGAGUUCAUUGGGAAGCUUCGAGCGGAGAACUUUUCUAACAAACAAAAGACUUCCUGCGUGAGAUUCGUAUGAAGUCGCAGAGUGUACCUAUCGAUGAUCAUAGAUUCAGAAACUCUCACCCGUGACCCGUGCGAAUCGCCUCGUCGCGUAGGUCGAGGACAACGACGAGGACUUAGGAAACUGAUCAAAGGAUCGGGGGAAAUUACUCCGGCUAUAAUUUCCCGGUGACGUUUUCGAGAACGUGGGAACCUUCGGCUGAAACCGUUCCUCUGACGAAAGACGACGCACAGUCUGCUCGAUCGAAGCGUGCUUCGUUUGACUAAUAGGAAACCUUUGUUUUCCGUUGUUAUGAUCUGUAUAUAUGUUACGAUAAAUUCAAUUAAUACAUUGCGUACCGGCUAAUUUUCAGAAAACUGAAUUGUGCGGACGGCAAUUUUCACUGAGGUCAACUUAUAUCACUAUACAUGGAAAAACUCAGAUAUCAUAUUGUUGUGUA